GUCACUUGAUUGUUUCAAAUCCCACCAUCCCUCCCCCUUGUCCUUCAAUAAAGCAUCUACUGAAGCUGCUCCAGCCUGAGUUACUCCACUAGAAGCCAAGAACUGGUCACAGGAACAGGAUCUGAGCUGGUGUGGUUGCACCAAUCUGGAUUCCCACCAACAGUGCACUAAGGUUCCCUUUUCUCCACAUCCUCACCAGCACUUGUGGUUAGUGUUUCUAAAAGAUCAUUUGUCUUUGUCUACAGAAUGGACUGGGGGUGCUGCAUCAUUGCCAAAAACAAAGCUAUUUGCAAGGUGUGGACAAGAUUGCAAUUGACUACAUGGCUCUGUAUAUCUUCACAAUGGUGGCGCAAGGAAUCAUCUGUGUCCUCAGCAUCCUGGGCAAUGGGCUUGUGAUCUGGGUGGCUGGAUUCCGGAUGGCAAUCACAGUCACCACCUUGUGCUGUCUCAACCUGGCCUUAGCCGACUUCCUCUUCGCUGGCACUCUGCCAUUCUUCAUGGUUGUAAGUGCCAGGGAAGGGCAAUGGCCUUUUGGCUGGCUCAUGUGCAAGUUAAUUAACUUCUUGGGGGAUACAAACCUGUUGGCAAGUGUGUUCUUCACUGCCUUCAUUGCUCUGGACCGCUGUAUUUGCGUCUUGUGUCCAGUUUGGGCCCAGAACCACCGCACUGUAAGUCUGGCUAUGAAAGUGAUUAUUGUACCUUGGAUUCUUGCAGCAGUCCUUAAUUUGCCAGCUUUCAUCCUCUUUACUACACAAAAGGAUGAAGAAAAUAAUGUAUACUGCAGUUUUAACCUUGAAAUCUGGGGGAACAUCACUGAAGAAGAGAAGAUGCACAGGUUGUUCACCUUGGUGAAAACCAUAGGGAUCAGCCGCUUUGUCGUUGGCUUCACAUUUCCAAUGUCCAUCAUUGCUAUCUGCUACAGUCUCGUUGCUGUGAAAAUCUGCAAAAAAGGCAUGACUAGUUCCAGCCGUCCCUUCUGGGUCCUCAGUGCUGUUGUGGCCACCUUCUUCAUUUGCUGGUUCCCCUGUCAACUGUGUCUUCUUCUGUCUGCAGUCUGGACCAAAGAGAUACUGUUUGAAGGGAAGUACAAAAUCCUUCUUUAUCUAAGAGUCCUAACAGGUCUCCUAGCGUUCUUCAACAGCAGCAUCAACCCAACACUCUAUGUCUUCCAGGGCAAGGACUUUCAAAAGAGAGUGAUCCACUCCCUGCCAGCCAGCCUGGUCAGGGCCCUAACAAAGGACUCAGCCCCGACCAGUGACACAACAACCAAAUCUGUUUCACUUCCUACAGAGGCCAAUUUGUAGGAGAUGGCAGGUGAUUGGGUGCAUUAUUGCACUCUGCCAGCUUCUACCCUGCUCUUGUUUCCAGCUUCAUCUUACCUUGGGUCAUACUGAGUGUUAUGUAAAUUUUCUCUGGCCAGGAGACCAUCAAAAGAGGCUGAGGGCUCCAUCAUUACAUUCAGAGUUUAUUAAGGGAACAUACACACAAGGCUCAGAUUCGGCAGCAGCAAGAUAACAUAGGUAUCUCCCGUGCCACAUGGAAGGCAUUAAGGAGUUUAUAGGACAGGGCAGGAUGAAUGGGAAUGACCCACCUCAGUAAGGAGACACUGCCUUCUACUUACCCAGGCAUGGUCAUGGCCCAGUCCAGGAAGCAGCAAUGCCUGGAGCAAAGGGCUGGUGCAGGGCAAGUCUCUGAGAAGAUUUAUGGGAAGCAAUCUCUGAUCUAGCCUGAAUCUAGCUGGAUCUAGCUACACAAUCUGGCAGUGGUCCCAUUAGUGAGUAGUUUAUUCUCCACAAUGAAGCCCUCAUCAUAAAGAAUACUUGGGUGCCCCUGAUUUCGAAGGAAAAAAUGGACCUCAGGGUACUACUGAUGUCAUUUUUGGUUUUGGCACCUCAGUCCAUGUACCCUGGGAUAAGCGGAGAUGGGAGGGAGUACAAGGAAAGAGAAGAGAAAGAGUGAUGAGGAAUCUUAAAGCUUAGAUGAGAAAAAUAUGUUAAGAGGAAAAUGCUGGUAUUUCACCAUGAAGUAAGAUGUUUGCUAUAGAUUGCUUUUAGCUGUUUUUAUAUGACCACAGAAGUUUCCUAUUCCUAAUUUACUAACAGUUUUCUUCUUAAUCAUGAAUAACUAUUGGGUUGUAUCAUGUGCAUGUUCUGCACAUACUAAGAGGAUCAUAUUAUUUUUAGUGUUUUACUUAUAUCAUCAUAAACUAUAAUCCUUUUUGAACAUUAAACUACCCUGUAUUCCUAGAAUAAACCACACUUGCUCCUGAUGUAUUUUAUAUAUUUCUAACUAAUCUCACUAGAUUGGUUUGGAACUUCCAUAUAUAUUUGGAACUUCCAUAUAUAUAUAGAUAGAUAGAUAGAUAGAUAGAUAGAUAGAUAGAUAUAGAUAUAUAUAGAUAUAUAGAUAUAUAUCCAUAUAUAUAUAUAUGGGUUUGUUCUUUUUCUUUACUAUCUGUGUCAAGUUUUACAUCAAAAGGUGUAAAAAGAGGUGGGAAGCAAGUUCUCCAAUUCUAUUCUCUGGUGUUGUAUCUUUCAUAAAAGUUUAGAGAAAUUCACCAGUGAAGCCAGUUGGGUCUUGGGCUUUAUGAGAAAACUUCUAAACAGGUUCAAUUUCUUUAAUAAUUAUCAGACUACUCUGAUUUUCUAUUUCCUCUUCUGUCGGUUUUGGUAACCAAUGACUUCCAAAGAAUUUAGCUAUUUUAUCCAAACUUUCAAAUUCAUUGUCAUGAAACAGCAUGAUAACCACAUACAGUAUAUACAGUACUUGACACAGUUACCUUUACAUAAUAACAAUGUAAUCUAUCUGAGGGCCAGGUUUGGCCUUUAUUGUUCAUGAAUGGAUCCUGAUUCUGUAUGUGUAAAAUAGUGCCUGACAUGUGACACUCAAUGAGGAGUUAUUGAAUUAAUGAAUCAAUAAAACAUAGUAUCACACAGGUGUCAACUGAAAACCUUUAAUGUCUAAGUAAGAUGAACUCUGAAUUAAUCAUGUAUUGGGCUGUGCUUCUCAAACUCCCAGUACUAUUCCCCAAAUUUACAAAUCCUUACAUGGUUUAUAUUUUUAGGAACACCUCAGUUUUGACUUUCUGUUUCAAAUACAGUACUCUGGCUAACUGUUGACUCAUAUCUUUGUUUUGAAAUAAAUCGAUCUGUAAUAUUA